AUGGAGCGGAGGUAUCGAGAAGACAUGCUUAGCAACUUGCCUGAUCAUAUUUUGCUCACCAUUCUUGACCGGCUCAAUGUUCGCGACGCUGCAAGAACCUGUGUCCUCUCCCGACGGUGGCAGCAGCUCCCUGCUAUGCUCUCUCAAAUUAAGAUAGACGUUUUGGAUUUCCUCCCUGAGGGAACAACUGCAUGCUACCAACGCGAAAUUGUUCGAAUCAAUGGAGCUGCGGUUGAAGCAACAAAGAGCAUCAUGUCACGCAGGGAUCCAAGCCGAAACACCAUCCACCUCCUGUCCAUGAAGUUCUUUUUGAGAGACAAUGACACCAUAUCCAUUGGACAUGCUCUUGGACAGAUCAUGGCUACCCACAAGGUUGAGAUAGCCCAAUUCGCAAUUUUGACAGAGGCGCAUUACUCCCGCCGCGGCGAUGAUGAUCUGGUCUACUAUGGGAGAAAUUUUAUGUUGUUCUUUGAAGCUUGCCCGGGUGCAUUUGGUGGUCUCACGUGCCUCAAACUGCAGGAUUUGAGAUUUGGUAAAUCAGACAUCUGUAAUGUCCUCCUUACCUGCAAGCAACUAAAACACCUACGCAUGUUCAAUUGCGACUCAGGGGUUUGGGCCACACUGCAAGUUGAACACCUGCAGCUCAGUGAGCUUGAGAUCGUUAAUUGUUCAUUUAGAAAAGUCGUGCUCAUCUCCCUCCCAAAACUCACACAGAUGGCCUUUCAUGGUUGGAUCGCUUUCCAAGAUCCACUAUCAGUUGGUGAUGUACCAUUGCUCGAGACUGUAGAUCUCACCAAUGUUUGUCUUAGUAGCCACAAAAUGGUCAAGUUAAGUGAGUUUCUUGGUGGCACCUCUGUGCGUAACCUGAGGUUAGGAUUUGAGAGCGAAAAGAUUUGGGUGCAACCAGAACAUCUGACGAGACAGCUGGCAUCCGUGUUCUGCCAGCUAACUUUUGUGCAUAUGGCUGAAAUUCCAGAAGGGUAUGACCUCUCCUGGUCAUUGUUCAUUCUUGAAGCUGCACCCAACUUGAAGGAGCUAUAUUUGACGGUGUGGGAUCAUUUGUGUACAAUGGAAAUGGACAGGGAGAAGAGGAGGGCACUCUCGUAUAGCAUAAGGAAGGGUGUAAGGUGGGAAUCAUCUGCAUCUCGUUUCCAGCACCGGCGUCUGGAAACACUAGUAAUCUUUGGUUUUGAAUCUGAAGAAUACAUGCUGACGCAUGUCAGGUGUGUCAUGGAAGCAGCGGUGAAUCUAAAGAAUGUGUUCCUAUACAAUAGGCUGGCGUGUAAGAUGUGCCGCGACAACCCUCCGCCGUCCAGCUUCCCCUUUGCUGAGACUAAGAAGCUUUUGGUGGAGAAGAUAAUUACCAGUGGGAUCGAUUCAGCUGCCUCAAUUCACUUCCUGGCCGGCAAAACUAUAUGGGCUUCUCAUGUUGCAAAGAAGAACUUCCCAUAG